UUCGUCACCAUCCUGAGGGACGACCGACAGGAUCUGGGCGACGGAGCCUUCAGCUACGUCUUCGAAGCCGCCAACGGAAUCGGCGAGUCCCGCGUGGGCUAUCCCGGAUCCAAGGGCCAGGUCAACAUGCAGGGAUCCUACAGGUUCUCCCUCGACGACGGCACCUUCGCCGAGGUUCGCUUCGUCGCCGACGAGUUCGGAUUCCGCGCCGAAUCCCCUCUCCUCCCCACCCCACACCCCAUCCCCGCCCACGCCGUCGAACAGAUUCGCGUCGCCGAGGAGCAGCGACGUCGCGGAAUUCAGUUUUGA